ACAUUUUCAGACGAUGGAAACGAUUGAAACGCACGUCAAAAUGGCGGCAACUAACAGCGAUGAGUUUAACUCUCUACAUUUUAUGGAAGAAGUACAGAAAUACGAAUGUCUUUAUAAUAAAUUUAACAAAGAUUAUAAAAACAAGUUUGUCCGCUUCAACUGCUGGAAAAAAAUUGCAGAACAAUUCAACAUUGAUGCAUCCAAAGCUGAGAAGAAAUACAAGAAUAUCCGCACAGCGUAUGGUAGAUAUCUUUGCAAAAAAAAGUCAAUUCCUUCUGGUUCAGGAAGAAAUGCUGUACCUGUUCCUUCGGAAUUCGCCAAUUUAGACUUGUUAACAAUGCAUAUCAACCAGAGAGCUAAUACUUCAACAAACAUGUCAUUUAUUCAGGUAGACAAUGGCGAUGAAGAAAGUAUGACAGGUUUAGACAGGGUCAUUACAGAUGUUGGGGACGUUGAAGAAGAAAUCGAUGAUUGUCAAAGUGCGAACUCUCCACUAUCAUGCUUAUCAAGCCCCAGUCCAGUCUCGUUUGAAGGCGAGUUGAAAACAAGACCACUAGCCGAAAAAAUCAAAAUAAAAUCAAAACGUCCUUGGAGUGGAAAAAAAUCAGCGGACGAAUUUGAUUCUGUCAUUUUAAAAACAGCAACAUCACUGGCAGGAGUAGCAGAGAGGGUAUUACAAAAACCAGAGGCUGCUAAAAAGAGAAAAUAUGUAGAGAAUGAUGAUGAAGAUACUCUCUAUUGCAGGAGUAUUGCACAAAGAAUGAAACGCUUAUCUCCACAGAUGAAGGGAUAUCUAAAACUUCAUUUUGAGCAAGCAUUGUAUCAAGCAGAAUUUGGUGGUCAGCCAUUUCCAAAUCCAAAUGUAUCAAGUUUUUCUGGUCAAUUGCCCAUGCCCAUUCCAACUGUGCCAGGUGUUACUGUUCAUCCAAUUUCAACAACUAUGCCAGUUAUGCAUUCUGUGAGCUUGGCUCAUGGGUGCUACAAUACAUCAAGGGAUCAAUAUACUACCAAAACAAACUCAAGUGAAAGCUUUGGUUAUUCUGCACGUGAUUAUUUGGCAAAAGGUGAUGAACAGGGACAAUUUAAUAAUUUACAACCAUUGUAA